AAAGUCGCGAAUGGGCGCCUUUUUAAGAUAAGCAUAUUUUGCGGCUGGCGUUUCGUGACGUCAAUAACAUGGCGUCAGGCAAUGCCGCAUGCGAUCAGCUGUUCACGUCGGGAGCCGCGGGGACGAAAAAUGAUCCCCGAAAAGCGCAAGCAACCGAAGAAACUGAUGACAACUACAUACUCAUAGACAUCUGCGCUAACUUAGUGAACAAAAAGUUUAACCGCGACCUCGAGAGCGUGAUUCAGCGUGCCAAAGAUGCGGGCGUCAAGAAGAUGAUCGUACUGGGCACGUCGGCACACACGACCAAGGAGGCCCUUCGAUUGACGCGAAUGCAUCCCGGUACAGUGUACUGCACCGCAGGCAUCCACCCGCACGACGCGAAAUCUUGGGACGAGGACACGCUCGAGGUGCUGCGGAGCGUCGCGUCCAGUCCAGAAUGCGUCGGCAUCGGCGAGUGUGGCCUGGAUUUCAGCAAAAAUUUCUCCUCUCCGGAGUGUCAAAUCGAAGUGCUCGAGAAACAGAUGGCGCUGGCGUUUGAGCUUAACAAGCCACUGGUGCUGCGCGAGCGAGCAGCGUUUGAUGCCAUGAUGGAUGUGCUGGCACGGCACAGCAGCCGGCUACCGGCGCACGUGGUGCUGCACUGCUUUGCGGGCAGCGGCGACCAGGCAGCGGCGUACGUAGCGCGGGGCUGCUACCUGGGCGUGGGUGGUCAGCUGUGGAAGGAGCCUGCGGUGCUGCAAGGCGUGCCACCCGAGCGGCUGCUCCUGGAGAGCGACAGCCCCUUCCUGUGGCCCAAUGCCCGGGCACUGCCGUCGCCGUGGCGCACGGCACUGCAGCCCCGUGCAGUGCGGCUGCUCGAGCGCUACUGCUCCUUUCAGCGCAACGAGCCCUGCUGCCUGCCAGCGGUGCUCGAGCUGACCGCGGCUGUGUUGGGCCUUGGACCUCAGGACCUGGCGCUGCGAACCACCUACACUGCACUCAGCAUCUUUGGCCUCGACUGAAAGGCCUGUGGACGGCAGCAUGUGUUCCUAAAUGAACGCUAAAGACAAUUUUAUACUUGGCUUAUUUGCUUCAAAAGAUCGAAGGUUUUUGCAUGAUGUUACAAAGAUUUUACGUGAAUUUAGACGUGCCACUUGUGGAUGGAAAAAAAAAAGGCCAUUUCUUGUGCACCUACCUGUUCCCGCUAACCGUGGUCAAGGCUCUGGCAAUGGGUUAGGUUAGGUUGAUAGCUGCUACCAGAGCCCCACAAUGCCUUUGGCUUGACUUGGCUGUGUUACCAAUAUUUCGUUGUUGGGUCGGCCAUGUUGGGUCGGCCAUGUUGGGUCGGCCAAAAUGGUGUAUGAGCCAGAGCUCACCAUUUUUGGUCUUCCAACUCCACCGAGUAGGAGAUGCUGUGCACAUGGGUCUUACCACGAAUGCUUUCGUUACGUAAAAACAAGUAACAGCGCAAGACAAAGGACAUAAGAAGAUGGACAGAGUGCCGACUAUCAACCAAUUUGUUAUAGUAUAGACCACUUAUAACGUAACCGCUUAUAGUGGAGGACCGGAUAUAAUACGGCCUUUUCAGACUCCCGUUAAUUUUCUCAUAGCACUAUAUGUAUACACAUAUCGCUUAUAGUGCAGUUGCGGGACACAAAAUACUGGUUACAGUGCGGCUGCCUGGAAGUUCGGCAGUCAACCUAGAUGGCAAACGCUCCCCUCAAGCCACAAAUACCACAUGUGCUCGAAUUUAAUGUGCACUUUUUUUCCAAUAAAACAGGUCCAAAAAUUGCGUGCGCUUAGAAUCAAGUACGACCCUAAAUCUGCGUUACCAUAUAGCCGUCGGCAUUUCAAAAUGGCCGCUUCGCACGCGCGUCGAGCCUAGCUACCGUAGCUUCCUCCAUGUGCUGCAGUACACGUGCUCAGGCAAUAGUCUACCGUCUGUCUUCACGUUCUCUGCAUCUGCUCUAUCAGCAUGAAGUACCGAGUUCAUCAUGAUGCCGUAUUUAAAAGGAAAGUGAUCAUGUGUGCGGAGACAGACGGAAAUCGGGCCGCAUCACAGGCAUUCGAAGAAUCCGAAACUUGUGUUCGGGACUGGCGCAAACGAAAGGAGAGGAUUUUCGCCAGCAAAGCAAUGUGGAAUGGUUUCAGUGGACUGAAGCUGGAUCUAAUCUGCGACGAUCCACUUCGGUGAUACGAUCGCCUUGGCCCUAUCUUGAAAGCAAUUUGCGACGGGGAAAGUCAGCCGCGCGCCAUGUUUUCGCUUAUGGGUCGCGUUGAAGCAAGAGGCAUGAUAGCACGAAGGUCAAUUCGCACGCCGCGCUUCGUCGUUCGAGCGUUUUGACAGUUCGUUUCCGCGUUAAACGAGUGAGACAUGUUCAUGUUUGCUUGUGCGCGCGUGACACCAUGCUUGUUAAUUUAUUUAGUAAGCGAAUACAGAACCUUGAGCACAGUGACAGCAACGGCAGAAAUGCGCCUGGAGUGUCCAUUAUCGUAAUAAAAUAGUUGUUUUGGUUACAGUGCAGUACCACUUAUAGUGCAGAUAUUCGUGACUCCGGCGACUUACGUUAUAAGCGGUCCACACUGUAUUAUGCACACAGCAAAUAUAUACCGGUGUGUGAAGGGGGAAUCAAAGAGUGUAAGCCACAUGGCAAGAAGAAAAGCUAUGAUAGGGAAAAUCAAGAUGAAUAAACGAACACUGUCAUCAAUGUGCAAGAAACGCGGUUUCCUUGGAUUAUUGCAUUGUUCAGACAACCAUUGUCAACAUCAGUGAGAUGAUGUGCUGUGUACUUGGAGCUCAUACUGUAUGCAUUUCAAAGAAAGGUUGCCAGCGCUGCAGCAACGGAGCACUGGCAAUGACACGCAUUACAAAUGAGUGCAUCAUCCUUCGGGAGGAAAUGUUGCAUAAUGUUUCUGCAGCCAAUCUCAUUGCUGUAUCUGGCAUAUCCAAAUUUCAGGGUAGCAUACCAGAACCACUCAUUUAGAAGCUGCAAACACGAGAUGUGACGAAUGCAUGUCAAAACAGUGAAAAGAUGUCACUGCAAGGGAUGUCAUGGUGCUAUAGAAUCAUCACUAUCUGGGAGAACUGCACAAGGAGCCAACACAUCGGGAAGAGGCAAAACUGGAACUUUCCCCCACAGCUCGUCGAAACAGGCACAACUCGCAAAGGCUUGUUGGUACAAUGUAUAUUUGAGAAAGGUGAUCCUGGCUUUCUUUUUUUUUAAAAACCUAACAUGCACACUAACAUCACACACAAACGUAAAAAAAAAAAUAGAGUUUAAACUUGACUGUAGUGGUUAUCUGAAAUUUCAUGUGCGGUAGCACGAACCACAUGCAUGUUUGCACUUCAUGCAAGUGUGGUGUUGUCACUGGCUGUCAUUUUCGAUUUCUGUGUUUUAUAAAUUAAUUACAGCCCAGGGAACCAGCUUUCUGGUGUAGUAGUAGUGACUUAUACACACCGUCUUGUUGCAAUUGCACCACCAGCGGUGGAGAUUGAAACUUGAUCUUUUUAAAAUUUUAUCCAUUACACAUACACACACACAAACUCUGGUGCUUGCACAGCUGACUGCGCAAUGCUAGACAUUGAACGUCGGUGCGAGCUUCACAGCAGAGACUCCUCUGUUCCAGGAGGUGUGCUUGCUGGUUGUGGCAUUUCCAGUUUGUCUCUGGCUCCUUUUCAGCAAUGUUUUUUUAUGCUAAUGAUUUCCACCCGCUAUGAAUUUGCAGUUGGAAGGCUCGAACAAGAAUGCCUAUGCAUUUCACUGCAAAAUCUGCCAUGCUGAUUUCUCGCCAUGCCAGUGCACUUACGACCUGUAGGAUUCAGACUGCUGCUGCAACGGCAAGCUAGAAAACAACAAAACAUGUUUCGAGCAAAUGCCAAUGAAAACUGUGCCAGCUGGCUGCCAUGUGUUUCAUAUGCAACUACUCCAAUGUAAUUGUUUAGCAAGACAGGCAGGCAAACUUGAUGGAGAAGCUUGCGUUGGCUUUAAAAAGGACAAGACACGGCUAUGAGACUGCACCAAUGUACCUUUGCCAGAAAGUACUGGCACAACUCAGUAUCACCUUUGUUUGCACAGCAAGCACAAAAGAAUGUGCUCACAUACCUGCCAACCUUAAAAUUCAUAAAACUAUUGCUGACAUGACACCGAGAGGGGAAGGUAGCACGCAUUUCUUAUGAAAGCUUGCCUAGAGGAGCCUUUUGUGGGAACACUUUAUUAAAAGACCCCUCACCAGGUCUGGCCAAGCAAACAAGUGCAGUGCGUGCACGGAGGUAUCCAGUUCGCUGAAAGCAGCCAGACAGCAACGCAGGUUUUGUUGUGCACAGUGCGAAACAAACAAAACAGCUCGCAGGCUUGCGCGCGAAACCGUCACCGAAAGUGUGCCGUGCAGAAAAAAACGCGCAAGAAAGAAAAGGCAGGGACAGAUGCGAUCCUCCGGCUCCGGUAUGGGAGAAUGCAGGGAAGGAAUUUCCCUUGCGGAAGGUAGACGGGGCAAGUGGAGAGAGUGUCUAUGUAGGCAAUGACGCUUGCCUCCUGAAAUUAUGGAUUCGCGACACUUCAAAUGUUGCCAUCUCUACUAAUAAUGAGCCAGUUUGAAAAAUUCAUGUGGUAGAAUGCUCCCUAGAGGGCACGUAACAAUUUCCAGUGCAUAAUCGAAAUUUCCUAUGUGGCCCUUUACCUUUUGAUGCAGCACACAACCAGCAGCAAGGCAUCUCAUUAUGACUUUUUCAGCGACAUUACUGUUGCUGAUUUCCUGUCUCUACUGCUCGAAGCAGAUACCUAUCUGCGUGUCCUAUCACCAUUGGAAGGCUUCCAGUGGAAGGUUCGGAGACUGACGAAAAGAAUUUAUUUUUUGUAAUACUUGAUGCAACAUUUGUAAAAUCGUAGAAUGAGCCCCUUUACGGAGAGUUGGCAGGUAUGUGCUCAGACUUUGUAUGUUGAGGCAUACUGAUGACACACAAGAAGUCGCAGCCUGUUUCAAGGGUUCUGAACGGCACUGCUAACACGAGGACAACACUAGCGCUUACGCUUCUUUACCAUGUUGAUCGGACACAACCACAGCAUAGUGACCAAAAUGCAAGAAUCAUGUCACUGCUCAAAACACCAAGCUGUUGCUCUCCUCCGUAUAGGUGUGGAGGAAGGUCACGUAAAGUCUGAGACGAGACCCUGAACUGUGCUCAACUGACUAGACAUCCACACCUUGGCCUCAAAAAUGUGCAUUCUACUGUGCAGACUGUAGCCUAUGUAUGCCUAAAACGCAGUGUAUUAUAGUAAUGUCAACUUUUAAGAACCAGGGAUUAAGACAAUGCACCAUGCAUCCAGUAUUUUUCCUCCACCUGUGGCCUGCUUCACAUGCCAUGGAGAAAAUCCCGGCUACUAGUGGCACAGUUUGCUGCACUAUGUUAAAGCCCCUGGAUCUUAGAAAAGUAGCGACAAUGCCGGCAGUGCCAAACGAAAGAUAUUGAAAUUGCAUGCGCCUGACUUGCUGCAUUACAUUAAGAGGCCAUGCAACAUUAGGCAGCCAAUUCGUGAGUUUAGCGUCUGUUUUAACACUGUCUGGUCCUUCUCCUUUGUGUGAACAACCAGGGAAGAGCCCACCAACUGCAAAAACAGUUAUUUUCACGGGCGGAUCUAUGAAUCUUGGCAAUUGUGGAAGCAAUGUUUCGACGUUUGCAGAUUGCAACAUCUGGUUCAGAAUAGGUUGUGCCCAAAACCCGAUGUCUGUGACGUGUUUCUGGCUCUCGCAAUUGCUUCCGCCGAAUGCAACCAGCAAAAGCAUAACCGUCAAGAUCUGCUCCUCUUUAUUUAGAGGGCGCCACCACUGGUGCGUGGCGUUGGACACUAUCUACUCUGUGUUCUGUCAGUGCUGUGGUGAGGUCCCCUUACAAUUGCCGAAGGCAGUUUAGCGUCCUAGCUGCACGCAUGCCGGACUGUUGUGUAAAGCAAUCUCACAACUGGUCAGAUGACGGAUUUGUUCUGCAGUGCCAGUGACGAGUGCGGAAGAGCUGAUGGGAGGAGUCUUUUGCUGGCCUAGUCUAUAACGUGGCAGCCACUCAAAGGUUAAUUUCACGAUCCGAGCGACAGUCAAUUAAAAUACAAGGGCACGACUGGUGCGAUGGUUGAGAAUGGGGAACAAUGUGUGUGAGGCACGCAUUAAGUCUGCUAGCUGCUUUUGGCCCAAACCAGGCGGGUGCACUGAAAUUGUGUUAGUUGGCGGCAAGAUCAAAGCCUUCCACUACUUUUCGAAGAUCUAGGUGCAGCGCACAUUCACCCGAGAUGGGAAUUCACUUCAGUGUGCCACUAAGGAGUGACAUGUGGUAGAAAAACGUUUUCAAAAAUGUGACUGUCAGCUGACCUCUGUGAUGCGAUGUGAAAAGUCAAAACUAGCCGCAUGCUUUGUGGGAAGUGCCUAAAAUAUUUUGAUUGCCAAACUAGUGGAAGUUUCACACAAUGUUGCUGCUUUGGUCUACUGUACGCUCACACACGUGGCAAUGGCCAACCUUGACAACAGCGGUGCUGGGUUUUCUUGCACUCAAGGGCCCAGACAAUGUCACCAAGUGCCUAGCAAAAUUAAAGGGCCCCUCCUCAAGUUUGAACAUUGUGAAUAAGUACUAAUAAUAUAUUGUCAUAUAGUUGAACAUUAGAAUUGCACAUUGUUAUAAAGCACUGAAAUCUUGCGAAAAUGGUGUGUGGUUUCUUUUCUACAUUAUCUGCUAUGCACCUGGUGUCAAUAUAAAAAGCAAUUUGAGGCUGCUGCUGCUGC